AUGCUGUGGCGGACGGCCAACUUCCGCUGGCCGAAGCGGCACGUCCUGACCCUGCCUGUCGGCAACGACGAGCCCCGUACGGUGCGUGUGGGCAUCAUCGACUUCGUGACCGAGCAGCUCGAGAGCUGGAAGUCGGAGAGCAGUUGGGCACAGCCCCGGUGGACGAUCUCUACGGACAUGGCCGAAACUGGACUGACCCUGUCCAGGAUAUCAUCGAAGGGCUGCGGAAGAACAGGCCUCCAUGGAGAGUGCUAA